GCGAGUCGUGUCGGCACAGCUUCAACACCUGCAGUUGUCUGAGAACAGGCGACACAGUGAGACGUGUAGAGAGAGAGAGAGAGAGAGAGAAGAAGAGAGAAUUUCUCACUAUUUGUCACAAUGGCGCGGAUAGCAGCCCUGAUUUUGCUGAUUUUCGCGGUCCAUUUGGAGAGCAGCGACGCACAAGACGAUUGUUACUACGGGAAUGGAGAGAGCUACAGAGGACCGACUUCGCAGACCUCGUCGGGGCUGACGUGCCAGGCCUGGAGCGACCAGUCCCCCCACCCCCACAUCUUCCAGCCCAACCUGUACCCGAACGCCGGGCUGGACGGGAACGCCUGCCGCAACCCGCUUGGCGUGGACACCAAGCCCUGGUGCUACACCACAGACCCCACCGUCGAGUUCGAGACGUGUGACGUGGCCGCGUGCGUAUCUGAAUGUUACUACGGGAACGGAGAGGGUUACCGAGGGGACACGGCGGUGACGGAGACCGGGCUGACGUGCCAGGCGUGGGACCAGCAGACCCCUCACACCCACAUCUUCCGCCCCAACCUGUACCCGGACUCCGGGCUGGAGCAGAACUACUGCCGGAACCCGCUGGGAGUCGACACCAAGCCCUGGUGCUACACCACAGACCCUGCCACGGAGUUCGAGACGUGCGCCGUCAACGCCUGUCCGACCACACCUGCUCCUCCAACCACUACCGACCCGAACGCUCCUCCAGUCGGCUGCCCGCCCACCUGGUCCACCGGCUCGUCCUCCUGCUUCCUGGUGGUGAGGAACUACCUGACGUGGCAGCAGGCGAGCGACGACUGUGUCGCCAAGGGAGGGCAUCUGGCCACCAUCGCAUCCUAUGAAGAUGAGACCUUUAUCCAGGGCCUAACGAACUAUGACUACCAGCCGUACUGGAUCGGUCUGCACGACACCGGGGCGGAGGGCAUCUUCAUUUGGGUGGACGGAACCCCGCUCACUUACACGAGCUGGAACUACGGCGAGCCGAACAACAACGGAGAGGAGGACUGUGUUCAGCUGUCCGGCUACAACUGGAACGACGCCUCCUGCUUUGGGACCGCACAGUACAUCUGUGAGAUUGAUACAGCCGGAGGCCCACCGACGUGCGGCGAGGCUCUUACGACGGCGGAAGGAGUGAUCGAGAGCCCGGGGUACCCCGCACAGUACGGCAACAACCACGCCUGCGUCUGGACCAUCGAGAACCCGGACCACGCCCCCGUCGUCAUCUGGUUCGAGGAGUUCGACGUCGAGUGCGACUACGACUUCCUCAUCAUCACCGACGGAGACAAGCAUCACACUUACACGUGUAAGCUGGACGCAGGUCUCGGCUGCAGCUACACCACCGACGGCUCGUUCGUCAAACUGGAGUUCACCACCGACUCGUCCGUCACCGCGCCCGGAUUCAGGCUUAGAUACGCCAGUGUGAUGAGCGACACCGCUCCCCCGCCCAUCUUCCCUCACCAGCUGUGGGCCGACAGGACCUGUAACGCCACCAUUGAGCUAGCCUCCCAGUUCACCCACGCGUGUCCUGACGGCUGGACCGGCGGCCUGUCCUCCUGCUACCUGUUCCAGCAGACCCUCAAACCCUGGGCCACCGCUAGGGUCGACUGUCAGCGGCGGGGAGGGGACCUCGUCAGCGUCAACUCCGACGCCGAGUGGAACUGGAUCCUUGGUCAGACGCUGGGGUCGUUCCCGCAGUACUGGAUCGGGCUGCACGACCAGGCCGGCGAGGGGAACUUCGUCUGGUCCGACAGGAGCCCGGUCACCGUCACCUACUGGAACUACGGCGAGCCGAAUAACUCCGGCGGCGAUGAGGACUGUGCGGAAAUCGGCGGCACCACGUGGAACGACGCCCCCUGCACCAACCAGAACCGCUACAUCUGUGAGAUCAGGCUGGAGGCGGCGAGGAUCGACUGUGACUUUGACACGGACGUGUGCGGGUACACGAACGACAGCACGUCUGACUUUUACUGGACCAGGCGCCAGGGGUGGACCCCUCAGUCCAACAACGGACCGCUGGCCGACCACACCUCAGGAUCAGGAUACUACAUGAUGACGCAGGCGGAACACCACCCCAACCCCGGCGACAAGACCAGCCUGAUCAGCCCGACCAUCGACGUGUACACCCACGCCUGCCUGCGGUUCGUCUACCAUAUCUACGGACACGAGAUCGGGACGCUGAAUGUGCACGUGGAGGGGCCGCGCGGGAAGACCACCAUCUUCAGCUCCACAGGAAACAACACAAACACCUGGCUCAAAGCCGAGAUCGAGGUGGAGGCGGGGAGCUUCAGGGUUCUCUUCGAGGCCGAGCGCGGAACCAACCCCAACACUAACAUCGCUAUUGACGAUGUCCAACUGACCGAAGGCUUCUGCAUCCCGUGCCCCAGCGGCUGGACGGCCACCUCCAGCUCGUGCUACAAGUUCGUGCAGGUGCAGAAGUCAUGGCAGGAGGCGCGGGACGACUGCCGCAGUCAGGGAGCAGGGCUCGUCAGCGUAGACUCCGCAGCCGAACACACUUGGCUGCAGACGCAGGUGGACUAUUACCAGCCGUGGUGGUGGAUCGGUCUGAAUGAUCUCGGAACUGAGACCAGCUUCAGCUGGAGUAACGGAAACCCCCUCACUGUUAGCUACUGGAUUGUUGGCGAGCCCAACGACUCCUCUGGGAACGAGGACUGUGUAGAGAUGCAGGGGAGCUAUCAGCAGGCCUGGAACGACCAGAGCUGUGCCCAGCUGAACUACUACAUCUGCGAGAUCAACAAAGAUGACCCGAUUGUCAUUGACACCUCGGAUGGUCCUGUCGAUGUCGGGUCGUGUUACAGCGGGAACGGCGACAAGUACCGCGGCACGGCCAACACCACGGUGUCCGGGUACGACUGCCAGCGCUACUACAUUUGGUGCGGCAAUGUGACAACAUCUGCACAUUUGCCACCAAGACCUGUUGGGUCCUGUUACACCGGGAACGGCGACAAGUACCGCGGCACGGCCAACACCACGGUGUCCGGGUACGACUGCCAGCGCUGGGACCAGCAGCGGCCCCACCUGCACGUGUUCGACGCCGAGUCGUACCCGGAGGCCGGGCUGGAGGAGAACUACUGCCGCAACCCUGACGGCGCCGCGCGGCCCUGGUGUUACACCAUGGACAACAACGUGCGCUGGGAGUACUGCAACCUGCAGCCCUGCGGUGAUGGGGGUCAGGAUGUGCAGACAAGCGCUCCCAUCCCAGAUUAUCAGAUCCGGCUUGUUGGCGGCCAGUCGUUCGGCCGUGUGGAGGUGUUCUAUAACGGGCAGUGGGGGUCCGUGUGCGACGAUAACUUCGGCAAGGAGGACGCGGAUGUGGUGUGCCGGGAGCUCGGCUUCCCCGGGUCCCUGCAGUUCUACCCCGACGCCUACUUCGAGCCGGGCGAGGGCCCGAUCUGGCUGGACGAGGUGACGUGUGUGGGCACGGAGAGCUCGCUGCAGUACUGCGCUAACGCCGGCUGGGGCGUCACUAACUGCGGACACCACGAGGACGUCGGCGUCAGCUGCCUCGAGGCGAAAGAUGGACAAAAGGAGGCUGUGAAGAAGAAUCGCGUCCCGAACUUCCUGAAGAAGCUUUUCGGUCAGUAGGUCCUGCCGGUAUCGCCGUUUGGAGAGGCCAGUGUCCGACAGAAUACGGCCUGUGCUGUCUUAAAUCACAAUUCAUUUUAAUAAAGCCAGUACUUCCACACACGAGCUUCAUGCGUUGGUCUGCGUACACAC